AUGCCUGCCUCAUGUUCCAUCGGCGAUGGCAAUCGUAUCCGCACCUGGGCAAGGGCAAAGGCCCAUGGUCCGUCCCCGCUGGUCGCCGUAAGCCGCCGGGUUUCGAAUAGACACCAGAAUACAGACCCACCGCCGGCCAACCCGACUACCGACGCACCCCCAACCACCGUCCCGACCGAGCCAAAGCAGGACGAGACCGAACAGACGCCGACCCCGGCAGGAAGCAAGGCUUCUAGGGCAGAUAAGAAGGUAUUGGUGCGCUUCUACCUCACAAUAAAGGAUAUCCUCUUCUCGAGCAUCAUCAAUGUCCUCCUCGUCUUCGUCCCUGUCGGCAUUGCCGUCGAAUUUUCCGGCGCGCCGGCGGGCAUCGUCUUCGCGAUGAACGCCAUUGCCAUCAUCCCGCUGGCCGGCCUUCUCAGUCAUGCUACGGAGAGUGUCGCGCGCCGACUUGGGGAUACGAUUGGAGCCCUCAUGAAUGUCACGUUUGGAAACGCUGUUGAACUGAUCAUCUUCAUAAUCGCCCUUGUCAAAAAUGAGAUUCGGAUCGUACAGGCCUCCCUCCUCGGCUCGAUCCUGGCAAACCUACUGUUGAUUCUGGGCAUGUGUUUCCUCCUCGGCGGUCUCCGCUUUCGAGAACAGAUAUACAACAGCACCGUGACGCAGAUGAGCGCCUGUCUGCUUUCCCUAAGCGUCACGAGUUUGCUCCUGCCGACCGCCUUCCACGCCUCCUUCAGCAACUACGACAUCGCCGAUGAUAAGGUUCUGCAGGUCAGCCGCGGCACUAGCGUGGUAUUGCUGCUUGUUUAUGGACUCUAUCUUCUUUUCCAGCUCAACUCACACGCGUACAUGUACGAGUCAACACCACAGCACAUCAUCGAAAGGGAAUCUGUCCCGGGUCCGGCAGCCCAAUACUUCAACUCGUCGUCUAGCUCGGAUACAUCGUCGUCAUCGAGCUCUGACACCGAGGGUUCGGUCCACUCCGCCACCACCGCGAAGAAGAUCAAGAGGAUGAUCAAGAAGCGGAGAAGGAAUCGCAAGCCUAGCACUGCCUCCCAACAAGCUAGCUCCAGUAGGUCGGCUGAAGCCCUGCCUUCCGAGGUUGCAUUGGAGCUCGAGAUGUCCACAACGAGUGAGCGUACCGGAAGGGACCACACAGGAACACUGCCGUUGCCGGAAGGUUCGACCGCUGUCGUCGAUGACGAAAUGGAUGAAGCCGACGAGACGCCGUCGCAUCCCAAGGAACACCGCAAGAAGCACAAGCAUAGGCAUCAUCGACAUCCGCGGACCAAUUCCGGGGAUGGCGGAAGUGUAACACACACCUGGUCCGCACCGGAACAAGGGGAGCCGGGCCAACGCCGUGUCGAUUUCGCGGUGGCCCCAGACAUAGAAACAGCACAGGAUCUAGAAGCACAAACUGGCACGACGCGGCCAAAGUUGUUUUCUCUGCGCUCUCUUCGGCCCCCGAUACCGAAGGCGAUGAUGCAGAAUGUCUUCACGGCCCCUCCGCAGAACCCCGUGGCGGGCGCGUCCUCUCCCGAGCCUCUGCAGCGAGGCCAACUUCGUCGAGCGACCUCGCUGCCGCCGCAAGCCCAUGGCCAGAUAUAUCGCAUGCCUCCGGGCGCCGUGCCGCCCAUCAUUCCCGUCAUCGUCAACGCCACCCCGAAGGUGAACCCGGCCGAUGGAGAGGAGGAGGAUCUAGAGAUCUCCCGCACAACAGCGAUCCUCCUCCUCCUCAUAUCGACUGCCCUGAUUGCCGUCUGCGCCGAGUUCAUGGUAGAUUCGAUCAGCGACGUGAUCGGCGACGGGUCCGGCGUCUCCGAGGCCUUCAUUGGGCUGAUCAUUCUCCCCAUCGUCGGCAAUGCAGCCGAGCACGUCACUGCUGUCACGGUGGCGAUGAAGAACAAGAUGGACCUCGCGAUCGGCGUGGCGCUCGGCAGCAGCAUCCAGAUCGCCCUCUUUGUGACGCCUCUGGUGGUCAUCCUCGGCUGGAUCAUGAACAAGGAGAUGAGCCUGUACUUCACCCUGUUCGAGACGGUCAGCAUGUUUGUCAGCGCCUUCAUCGUCAAUUUCCUGGUUCUCGACGGGCGCAGCAAUUAUCUUGAGGGCGCGCUGUUGUGCUCCGCCUACGUGAUCAUCGCUGUGGCGGCCUUCUUCUACCCGAAUGCCGAGGCAGCAAACUCGCUUGGGGGCGGACAGGAUGGAUCGGGCGAGGCCGUCGUCUCCGGCGCGAAGGCGCUAGCCCCGAGGAUAGCAUCUCUUGUUGGUUUGUGGAAAUAG